GGGACGGGCCGGUGCUGCCGCGGCUGCCGGCGGGACCGGCUGUGUCGGCGCUAAGCGGCGCUCCGGACGCCCCGUCAGCCCGCAGCCGGCGCUCUCAACGCGCUGGGUUGCUGCUGGCCUUGGAAAAAGUGUAUGGCGACUGAUUCCUGCCGUCGGGGCCCGCUUCGGAAGGCGGAGGGGAGGGGGGCACAGCUUCAUGGGAUACUUCUUGCACUCCCGUAACCUAUUUCCGCUGUGGUUUCCGUAGCGGUGCAGCCGAACUUUUAAAAGCCACAUUUCUUAAGAAUCUCGUGUCCAAGUUUAAAGACCCUGGCUAACGGCUGGGCCCGCGUCGCCCCCGACCCAGGGCGUUUAGCCCAUGUCACCUGUUCGUCUCCUGCCGGGCGCAGGGUGUCCGGCCCUGGCUGCCCCCUCGAAACACGCCUCCCUGCCGCAGGCGACUGGCCGAAAAGGGGGCAGUGGCCACCACAAACGAAGCAGCCAGCUCGGCAACGCCUCGACCGCCCUCCGACCCACUCGGGGCUCUGCCCUCUCCCCUCCCGGACUGUCCCGGCGCGGGCAGGGAACUGCAGCAGUUGAGCCUCCCAGGAGCCACCGGUGGGCGGGCAGCCCGGGCCCGGCCCGCCCCGCCCCGCCGCCAGGUGCGGAGCCGCCGCCCGCGGGCCCAGGAAGUGCCGUCACGGCGUGUGCCAGGUGGGGAGGCUUCUUUGGACCCAGCCGGGUCGGACAAACUCUUUCACCGCCGUCGCCAUGAGUAAGAUUUCCAAGUUCUUCAAGGGGGGCGGCUCGGCUGCCUCCAAGGGCCGCCGGGGGCCCUCGCCUCAGGAGGCGCUGGCUCGGCUGCGAGAAACAGAGGAGAUGCUCAGCAAGAAGCAGGUGUACCUGGAGACGAGGAUCGAGCGGGAGCUGGCGGCAGCACGGCAGCACGGCACCAAGAACAAGAGAGCUGCCUUACAAGCACUGAAGAGAAAAAAGAGAUAUGAGAAGCAGUUGAGUCAAAUUGAUGGGACACUUUCGACCAUUGAGUUCCAGAGAGAGGCACUGGAAAACUCUCACACCAACACAGAAGUGCUCAAGAAUAUGGGCUAUGCUGCACAAGCCAUGAAAAAAGUGCAUGAAAAUAUGGACUUAAACAAAAUUGAUGAUUUGAUGCAAGAUAUCACUGAACAGCAAGAUGUUGCCCAGGAAAUUUCAGAUGCCAUCUCAAACCGAGCUGCCUUUGGUGAUGAGUUUGAUGAGGACGAAUUGAUGGCAGAGUUAGAAGAACUGGAACAAGAAGAAUUGAACAAGGGGAUGAGAGAUAUCAGACUGCCAAGCGUUCCAUCCACAUCGCUGCCUUCUCGCCCUGCAUCGACCAGGAAGAGGGCAGAGGAUGAAGACGAAAUGAAGCAGCUGGCUGCGUGGGCUUCAUGAGAGCAUGGCCUUUUUAUAACACUGUACGUUGUGGUGCAGGUGUAAAUAGCUGUAAUGCUGUUUUGUAACUAACCAAUUUUAUGUGGUUGCGUUUCAUACAGGCAAUUUUUUUUAUGGCCAGCUUUGCUAAGAAUAGUGAUACUGCCAUAUUACAAAACUAGUUUAAAAACAAAUAAAAAAAAACCACAGUAGCUGCCAAAAUGUUCAAGCAUCAAAGUUUUUUCAGUCUUGCUCAGAGGUGACUCACCCUGGGGAAGAGGACACUGAAGGGAGACCCCGUUAAUACUUAGAAGUAUUUAAAAGGUGUAUGUCAAGAGGAUGGGGCAACACUUUUUUUCAGUAGUGUCCAGUAGUAGUAGUAGUAACACUUUUUUCUGUAUUGUCCAGACACAAAACGUUCCACUUAAGGAAAAAAUAUUUUACUGUGAGGGUGAGGGAGCUCUGGCACAGGCUGCCCAGGGAGGGUGUGGAGUCUCCUUCUCUGGAGGUUUUCAAGACCCGCCUGGAUGUGUUCCCGAGUGACCUGAUCUAAGUGGACCAGCUUUGGCAGGGGGUUUGGACUAAAUGAUCUUCAGAGGUCCAUUCCAACCCCUACCAUUCUGUGAUUCUGUGUUGUUAUUAGUAUCAGUUUUAUUGGGUACUGUCUUACCGUAUCUGUCUGGUUUUUUAAAACCUAUGUGCACACAGCUGGGUUCAUUGUUGAAAUUAAAAAGUUAAAUAAGUCACUGAGGCCCUUUCUAGAACAUUAUUUGGUUUAGACGUUUCAAAUAUUAGUAAAGCCAGCUUUGUAUGUGUCCUGACUUGUGUGCUCCUUUGAACCAAUAGCCAUUUGUUUGGGCAUGGAGAUGUAAACAGUCUGCCUGGAGCAACUAACAGUGUCCUGGUCAGUAAGAGGAGACUCUUCUGUAGGUUUUUUGAAGCGGGAUAGGAUUCUUGUUUUGUUUUAACUUUGGCCAGAAUAUCUCAUGAGCUUCUAUUUUGAACUAUUUCCAACUCAGUUGAAGAACAGUUUUACAGUGUCUGGGGAAAAUGUGAUGUCCAAGUUGUUACAGUUCUCUGCCAAACAAAACUGAUUUCCACUAACUCUGUCAAAAAUCCAGAAGUGACUUGACGUUCCUGUGUUCUCCUACAAUGUGUCUUUCUAGGGUGAGUCUUUGCUUUACCCAUCCUCAAAGGAAUUGGUAACACCUUUUUGAAAUUAUUUUGAAAUGGUAUAAUUAAAAUUUUUGAGCAUUGGUUCUUUUUUUUUCAUUUUUUGAAGGGAAACAAUACCAGUCUGUUGUAUUUGAAAUGUCUUUUUAACCCUGGUUAAGUAAACUUGACAUGUUACUGUCCAACUGACAACUUUUUAGUGUCAAGAGCAAAUGCCACUCAGAGUGCUAAACCACUAUAUGUAGAGAGAAAUCACUUUUGGAAUACAAAACAAUAAUUAAAUAGGCUGCUUUGUAAUAUCAAUUUUAUGAAAUAGGACAAGCUUUAUGCUAGUAGCCUGCUGUCAAUCCCAAGGAAAUAGUAAAACACUGUGGAGUUCCUAGGGAUGUGGGAAGCAGUCACAUUGAUCUACAUUUCUUGUGUUCAAAUGAAUUUAAGUUUACUGAUGAUUGAACCAGUUGGGGAAUACUGGGAGGCUUGGUUUCUGUAGAGCAUCAGAAGACUGAGCCCUUCUGUGGACUUCAGCCUGUGAUCUGCUGGGUGUUUGGCUCCCAUAGGCUAUGACAGGGUUUGCUUUACUGGGCUGUAGGUUAAGCACAAGCUAAUGUGUGUGUCUGGACAUGGCAUACUGGUGUGCCCAGAAACCUUCAAGCUGAGUUCCAUGGAUGAAACCCAAAAUGGACAAACCCUGUGGAGAGAUUCAGCUUUUCAGGACUUGUUCAUUCUCUGUAGUGGAACUGCUUUUGGUUUGCCUCCAGAUGAAAGGAGAAUGAAGCCUUGCCACUUUGGAUAAAUUUCCCACUGGAAAAAAAACUGUGUUAAUGCCGUUCCAAAGCUUGAAGGUACCAAGAAAGUUGUUCCUUUCAGUUGACAGCAGAGCAAUGCUGGACCUAUUAAUUUUUUGUUUUAAAAACAAACAAACAGAUAACUGCCUUAAAUUUAAAAGUGCAUUUCAGUAGGAAACCAAACAGUAACAAAUUGUUACUCAGUUUUAAAGGUUACUGAAAUUUAGGAUGAGGUGCCAGUUGAAUGCAGUCAUAUUUAAUAAAAUAUCAGAUAUUCUGAGUUAUUUAGAAUCAAUUUGCCAGUCAUUUUGGCUGGAAUCCUGUUCUCAAGGUAUGCAGACUAUGUAAGUCUCUGGGUACAGAAAGCAUUAGUGUACACUGCUUCCAUCACCAUGCGAGGCUGACUGUGUGCUCCUGGACACAUCUGGUGUUUCUGAACACAGAGCCAUGCUGAUAUAGUCCCACACUUAGCUUAGAAAAGCUUGCUUCUAGCAGCUGGUCUUGGAUGCUUAGCACUUACUUAGGACAUUUAAAGUGCUCUACAACCUAACCAAAAUAGAUCUCUCAGCUUCCAGUUUGAAACAAAAUGAUUUUCAGUCCACUCUGGAAAACACAGACCUGCUGUUUUUUUGCAAGAAUUUUCCAUGUGAACACCCUGCACAGGACAAGAAAUCCUAGGGAAGGUCUUCUCCUGUGCAAGCUAGCACUUGAGUGCUGACCUCCAGCAUGUUUUGUCCAAGUGUUCAUCAUGGAAAGCUUCAGAGGUCUUCAGUUCAUUGAUUUCAGACUGGGUGUUUUAGGAACAAAAUUUGUGAAGGAUAAAGAAAAGAAAUUGGUCAUUCAUGUGAGGUUCUCUAAAAGCUUGUGUGUAGGGGCUAGUGAUUCUGGGGGACAGUCCUAAACCAGGGCCUGUGUGGUUGGUGAAGCUGUACUCAGAGACACUAUAGUCAUGUACACAAACCCAAAUACCCUCUCCAGAACAGGAGUGUUCCCAUAUUUGUUUGAGAGACAGUAGGUGACUGGUUUCCUUCAAGAACAAAGGGAUUCUAGGGGUUUGAGCUGAGGAGGUGGCUCUUUCCAGUGUAAAUUCAGAUGACCCUGGGACAAAUGGUUCUUUCUUUUUUGAAUGUAUGUCUCUUUUCAUGUCAAGAUGGUAUUUGUUUAGUAUGUAAGCAGACAGAAGUGAACAGUGUCAACAUGUUAUUGUAAAUGUACUCUGGAUUAACUGGAAUGUAUUUUACAAGAGGAUGGUGGCAGCAGAUGGUGUACUAGAGCUGACUUCCUGUCUUAUUUAUUGAUUGUGAAAAUGUUUUCUUCUCUCUUAACAGGCUUGGACUUUUUUAAUCUGGAUAGCUUUGAGAAAGGGGAAAAUAUAUUAAUGAAAAAAUUUAUAUAUAUGCUGUAAAUAAAUAUCUUGGUGUCAUGUUUUUGUUAUAUGAUUGUAUUAAAUGUAUUAUCCUAUCAGGCAAAAGUGUAAGUGCUCUCCUUACACUGCUGUUAGAACACAGUACUCUUUAGAGGAAGUGAGGAUAUUUUAAAACAUUUCAUGUUUUAGCAGCAGCCUAGAAUUAAAAAAAUCUGUCAAAGGUGAUUUGGUUUAAAAAAACAACCAACCAAAAAAACCCUGAACAACUCGGUGUAUGGUGUGGUGGGUUUUGAAUGUCUCCAGAGAAGGAGACUCCACAGCCCAUCUGGGCAGCCUGUUCCAGUGCUCUAUCACCCUCACAGUGCAGAAGUUUUUUCCUUGUGUUUCUUUGGAACCUCUUUUGUUCCAGCUUGUACCCAUUGUCCCUUGCCCUAUCAUUGCACAUCACUGAGAACAGCCUGGCGCCAUCCUUCUGACACCUGCCCUUUAUGUAUUUGUAAACAUUAAUGAGGUCACCCCUCAGUCUUCUGUUGUUCAAGCUGAAGAGCCCCAGCUCUCCAGUGGUUCCCUGUCCUUGAACUGAGAGGCCCAGAACUGGACACAAUAUUCCAGAUGUGGUCUUAUGAGGGCAGAGUAGAGAGGGAGGAGAACCUCUCUCAAUCUACUGCCCACAGCCCUCCUAAUACACCCUAGGAUACCAUUGGCCUUCUUGGCCACGAGGGCACAUUGCUGGCUCAUGGUCAUCCUGCCGUCCACCAGGACUCCUGGAUCCCUUUCCCCUCUCUAAGAGUUAAUUCCCCAACCUGUACUGGCACAUGGGGUUAUUCUUUUCCAGAUGCAAGACUCUACACUUGCCCUUGUUGAAUUUUAUUAGAUUUUUCCCGGCCCAGCUCUCCAGCCUGUCCAGAUCCUGUUGAAUGGCAGCACAGCCUUCUGGUGUGUCAGCUACUCCUCCCAGUUUAGUAUCAUCAUCAAACUUGCUGACAGUGCCCUCUGUUCCUUCAUCAAGGUCAUUAAUGAAUAGAUUGAACAGUACUGGUCCCAGCGCUGACCCUUGAGGGACUCCACUAGAUACAGACCUCCAACUAGGCCCUGCCCCGUUGAUCACAACUCUCUGCAUUCUUCCCUUCAACCAGUUAACAGUCCACCUCACUACCUGAUCAUCCAGCCCACACUCUCUCAGUUUUGCUCCAAGGAUGCUGUGGGAGAUGGUGUCAAAUGCUUUACUGAAAUCAAGAUUAACCACAUCUACUGCAUUACCACCAUCUAUCCAUCUGGUUACAUCUUCAUAAAAGGCUAUCGGUCAAACACAACUUCCCCUUGUAAAGCCAUGUUGACUGCUCACAAUGACCAUCUCGAACUUUAAAUGCCUGGAGAGAGCAACAAGGAUAAGUUGUUCCAUCAUCUCUCCAGGGAUGGAGGUGAGGAUGACUGGUUUGUAGUUACCCAGCUCCUCCUUCUUGUCGUUUUUGAAGCCUGGAGUGACAUUUGCUCUCCUCCAGUCCUCAGGCACCUCUCUUGCUCUCCAUGACUUUCUGAAGAUGAUGGAGAAUGGUUUAGCAAUGACUUCUGCCAGCUCCCUCAGCACCCACAGGUGCAUCGGGUCCCAUGGAUUUAUGUACAACUGUUCUGGUUUAGCAAGGAGCAGCUUUUGCUUAGUAACAGGGGGAGCGGGUUGCGGUGAAGACCCGGUAAAGAGUUUGCGGACUCUCCCCCGGCUCCUGGGUUCAGACCCACCUCCGGCCCGGCUGGGCCAAUCUGGCGCCUCUGCGAUCACUAUUUAGGGGACGGGAAUUUGAAAUGCGAGGCAGGAGGUGUAAGAGUGAUACAAGAUGGAGGCGACUACGCGGACCCUUCAGCCAGAGAAAGAGGAAGGAAGGAGAAGCAAUAGACCAGAGACCCCUCUGCAAGCCGUGGCGAGAAUACAAGCUGUGCCCCUGCAACCUAUGGAGAUCCGUGGCAGGACCAAGAGCCACCAGCAGCUCCAUGUGAGUGAGCCCGGACGGGCGAGGGACUGUGUGGGGAGACGGCCAUGGCCCAGGCCGUGUUGGAGAGCCUGCACGUCGCAGAGCAGCCCCACAUGAGAGGCAGAGAGGAGCUGCAGCCCUUGGAAUAAGUGCGGAUCGGAGCAGCCCGUGCAGGGCUGCCGUGUGUGUGUUACCCCACGGACUCGCAGGGAGGACUGGUGUGGAGUUCACCCGUCCUGAGGAGGGACAGACGGCAGAAGCUAUCUGGAACAGACUAACUGAAACCCCCACUGCCUGCCCCCCCGAACCGUUCAGGGGGGGACAGGGUAAAAACCCCGGGAUCAGGGCUCUGAGCCUGGGAAGAGGGGAGGUGUGGCAAGAAGGUGUUCUUAAAAAGGCUGGUUGGACUCUUCAUUGAUGUAUUACUCUGUGUUGUUUCAUUUUGGUUAUGUUUUGGGUUUUUUGGGGUAUGUUUUAGUUGA